GUUUAUUUCAACUCCUCGCAUUUGCCAAACAACUUUCACACUUUCCCUCAAAAAGGAGUACUAGCUAAAAACGACGAUGUUACUUCCACACUCACUCCGCCUUCCCUCCCUCCUCGCCGUCACCAUCCGGCUCUCCCACGCCGCUGCUCCCCCAUCCCUCAAGAUCCUAAACAACCGUGUCCUUGACUGCGCCCACAACAUCACCACCACGCUCACCUCGCCCUCAUCAUCCUCCCUCUUUCCUUCCUCAAACACUACCCUUAUAAACAUCAUCAUCGACACCACUACCUCGCAUCCAAACAACUCGGGAGACGCGAAUGACCGCGAUGCCCUAGCGUAUACGGAUAGUACGCCCGAGGGGGAGUGGUAUAGCGCGUGCACCGUGUGCGUGGAAGUGGGACUAGCAGAAGGGGGAAAAGGUAGAAGAAGAGGUGUGCUGACGGGCCUGGAGUACGACUAUGACCAUUAUCUUGAGAGGGGGUUGCUGGAAGGGGUGGUUAGUCAUGCUAGGAGGGAGAGGGAUGGCGGUGAGCAAUGGUUCGAAACGUCGUAUUACUAUGGACCCACCCCCAGCCCUCCUCCCGACGCGCCUCCUCGAGAUCCUGAACUUCCAGAGCCGCCAGCGGCCAGGGAAUAUUUGCUUGCGUAUAUUCCUGGGGCUAGUGAGCCUCUCGUGUUUGAUUUGGAGUCUCAGAAUAACAGCGGUGAUGGCAAGGGGACUGGGGGUAGGACGUCGGACGAAGUGUGCUUAGAGACAAACUUUGCAGUGUAUAACCGUAUAGGGGUAAAGGGUUCAAAGGGGGAGAUUGCCAGACGGAGUGUUUUUAGGGUGGGAGUGGGGGUGGAAUGGGAGUGA